AUGGAUAGUCAUUUGACUCUGCACAAGUUGAUUUCGAGUGAACCUUUCGGAUGUUUUGGAUUUUGCUCCUGUAUUAAGUUGGUGACUUCGACUGUAAAUUUUUGUUCAAGGUACAAGUUAGUAUGUCCUAGCCAUUAUAUCUUUAGCAAACACUGGAUCCUGGCUGUAGCUGUUACAAGUGAGAGAACAGUGCCUCUUGUAUUCCUCUUGUACAUACAUUUUAUAUUUCCAAUAAAAUCAGCUUUUUAUUCCAUUCUCUCCUGGCCGGCUUACUUGUGUAUUGAGCCAGGCUUUCAUCCAAACAAGAAGAAGAAGACAGAGCCUCCAGUGAAGCAUGGACUUUUUAGGAAGGGGUUUCUCAACCUUCCCCCAAUAGUUUCAGUCCCUCCUACUUCGCCUCGGGAGGUCAACGAUGUCAGGGUGAUAGGACCUUCCUCCCCUCCAAAUGGUUGCAUCAUUCCUCCUUCCGUUGAGGGAAAUGGAUUCUCCCAAUCCCGGAAUUGGCCUGUCAGUUUUGAUCAUAACGGAAAGAUUGUGGUUUGGGAGGAGGAAGAUGAUUAUUUGAUGGAUUGCCCUUGGAUUGGGUGUUGGAUGGGGCUUUUGGGGAGGAGGCCAUGGCAAUUUGGGAUGCCAUGGAAGAAGAUUUCCAGUAGGAUAAGAUGAUUGCGCGCUUAAGUCUAAAGGAAAAAGGGAGCUACUAAAUCUGCAUAGCUCCAUCAAUUAUGACGACGUGAAAGAUCCCUUCAGGCGUAGGAAAGGCAAGGCACACAUGGCGUAGGCUGGUGUACCUUGGCGGAUGAUGGGUUGCCUAGUAUCUUAGUUGGGUCCUUUUGUAGUUUUCUUUUGGGUGUUUUUUUGGCUUCUGGGGUUUAGGUUUUGCGGGUUAGCUUUGGUUAGUCAUCUAUAUACUUCCUGUGUACUUAGAGGCGCCUUAUGCUUUAAUUAAUAAAGUUUUCUUACUUAUCAAAGAAAAGUAAAUGACACCUUUUGGUUUUUG